GCGUAACUUUAAAGAAGUAGGCUACCCCAACACCAAAUUUGCUGCUCGCUUCAGUCUCAUUCAGCCAUCGCCAGAGGAGUUGCUGGAAAGCUAAUUGAGACUCUCAGCUCCGUAGUUCUAUAUUUAUAAGACUGUGGCUGGUCAUGGGGGGGACAGAAACUAGGACAUGUCGUCUUAAUGGAGGACCUCUGGAGCUGCUGGUUCUAGUCUGGGUCCUGGUCUUGUCUGGACUGACUCUCGGACAGCAACAAGGGUCCGAUGUUAAAGUGGUCGUUAGAGAAGACAGCGACGUGGUGUUGCCCUGUUUUCUCAGCACCAUGGAGAGCCUUGUAAUGGCGAUGGUUCCGAUAUCUCUGUUGUCCUUACGUUUCUUCAUGGGGGGGACAGAAACUACGACAUAUCGCCUUAUUCCAGGACCUCGGAAGCUGCUGUUUGUAGUCUGUCUCCUGGUUUUGUCUGGACUGACUCUGGGACAGGAACAAGGGCCCGGUGUUGUGAAAGAAGACAGCGACGUGGUGUUGCCCUGUUUUCUCAGCACCAUGGAGAGCGUUGUAAUGGCGAUGGUUCCGAUAUCUCUGUUGUCCUUACGUUUCUUCAUGGGGGGGACAGAAACUACGACAUAUCGCCUUAUUCCAGGACCUCGGAAGCUGCUGUUUGUAGUCUGUCUCCUGGUUUUGUCUGGACUGACUCUGGGACAGGAACAAGGGUCCGAUGUUAAAGUGGUUGUUAGAGAAGACAGCGACGUGGUGUUGCCCUGUUCCCUCAGCACCAAGGAGAGCGUUGUAACGGGGGUCUUUGAUUGGAGGAAAACUCCUCAGGAAGAUGAAGGUCUGAAGGAGGUGUUCCUGUAUGACGCUGGCAUCCAUUACAACAACGGUCGAGGUGGUCAGAGUGAAGAGUUCAAAGGUCGAGUCUCUCAUUUUCCAGAUGAACUAAAGCACGGCAACGCCUCCAUAAUCAUCAGAAAUACAAAGAUAUCUGACAGUGGAAACUACAGCUGUUAUUUUCCUCGUCUUCAAAGAUUCAACAUUAACCUUGUGGUUGCUGCUUCUCCAGAACCGUACAUCAGGACCCUGAACGCCACAUCUGACUCAGCGCUGCUGCAGUGUGAGGUCCGAGGGGCGACUCCAAGACCCAAACUAGAGUGGAGGGACGGGCUGAAACCCACUUCUGCUGAGGAACCUCAGACCUCAGAAAGAGGAGGCAGCUACUACAUCACCCUCAUCACCACGGUGACCAAGACAGACAACUACCGCUGUGUCGUCACCCAGGAGGAAAUCAGCCAUCAGACUCAGGCUGAGACCUUUGUUCUUAUCUGUGGGAAAGUGUGUGAGGACUCAUCCAGUGAAGUGGUUGUCGGAUGGAUUGGUGGAUUAGUUUUAGGAGCUCUGAUUGUUGUUGCCGUUCAAGCUCUGCUUGGUGCCGCAAAGGUCAUCUCAAUACGCUGCAAUAAAG